AGCGUCCAGCUCCUCUGCAUCCGAGUUAAUGAAGCUGGCGCAUGAUUAGUUUUUAUUCUUCCUCUGGCCUUCUUUGUUCGCAAGCUGCUGCUCAUGCUUUAGACCCUCCGAGUCUCUCCGUGCUUCCGAAGUCGUUGCUGACGCUGUGCCCACGACGUCGCGAGGUUCCAAAUUCCGGAAUUUGAUCGGCGAACGAGACGGCGACAAGUGCGCGGUCACUAAAACUUUGAAUACACACAAGUGCCCAUAUUCUCCCGAUACUCGAGGUUAUGAAGGGUUCCUCUAUACUGCUCACAUCCUCCAAAGACCCAUUGUUUACGAGCAUUCCGGAGACGAUGUAUGUUCUCCAGCUGUCAAAUUGCUGUGCCCGUCCAGUUGAUUGUUCUGCAGCGAAUCGCGGGAACAAUUGACAUCAUAAAGCACCACAUUAACCUCCCUGCAAGUAUGAUGGAUGACGUGGCUGAUUUCAUUGAUAACCCAGAGAAUGGAAUGUUACUCAAGAUGUCAAUGCACCAUUACUUCAACGGCUACGCGUGCUGCCUAUACCCCACAGAUGUCCCUUUGGGGCGGCAUAAUUUCAGAAGUCCAAUUCCAAGAUCACUCUGAAACUGAUAUUCUACUUCCUGACCCCAGAUUCAUUGCGCUUCACGCUGCGGCUGCCCAUACCCUAUGACUCAGCGGUGCUGCAAAAGUUAUAGACAAGGUUUACGAUGCGUUUGUUUAUGAAGGUUUUAUUGGAAAUCGUGCUAGUAAUGAAGAUCUCCUUGUGAGACUCUCGUUCAUUGACCAGGGUUGAUGACGAACUACCAACAAACCCUCAUGAGGUACACGCACAAUG